CCGGCACCGCCCCCAGCGCGCCGGGAGCUGCGCGGCGGCGGAGGCGGUGAGCGCGCGGUCUGGUGGCUGUUGGUGGACGGGUGGGCUUUCGCCGUUGGCGCCGCCGCGGCCUGGCCUGAAGAGAGAGCAGAGUGGGCUGAGGCGCCGGGGGACCCAGCGUACCCAGUCACUCCUUGCCACAGCUCCAACCUUGCCACAGCUCCACGUCAUGUCAGACGCCCAGUAUGUGCUGUGCAAAUGGGAGAAGCGAUUGUGGCCUGCGAAGGUUUUGUCCAGAACUGAGAUGGCCACCAAAAACAAAACAAAAAAGGAAUUCUUUCUAGAAGUUCAAAUACUCUCCCUGAAGGAAAAGAUUCAAGUGAAGAGCUCUGCAGUGGAGGUGCUGCAGAAGUCCCAUAUCGAGAACAUCGCCACCUUCCUGGCUUCGCAGAAUGAGGUACCUGCUGCACCCCUGGAGGAACUGACCUACAGGCGCUCUCUGCGGGUGGCUCUGGAUAUCUUGAACCAGACAACCAGUUUGAGUCAAGAAAGUCAAAGUCUGAAUCAAGAUGGGGCUGUGUUGUCUCCAAAAGAGAAGCUAUGCACAGAUGUGGCCUCUUGGGUCCCCAGUUCUCUGUUUCCAUCUUUUCUUCCUGAAGGUGACAAAGAUGGGAAGGUGCAGUCAGGACCCAAGAAGCGGCAGGAGUGCAAAGCACAAAGCCUUCCAGGUUUGUCUGCACAUAAAGAAGAUUCAGAGUGCAGAGUGGCCCACAAGACAGGCCUGGGGAAGAGUGGACACCCCAGAGCCCCACUGCCCCUUCCCACUGGAAAUGGUUCUCGGGAUGGGCCUGCGUCACAGCAGGGCCAUCGACAUGAGACCACUGCCAAUAAAAGGUGGAGGAAUUCAGGAGAGAAACCCACCUGGCCCCGAAGAAGGGGCUCCAACCUUUCCCAGGGAGAGCGCAUUGGAGAGAUCCAGAGACGGGCAGACAGCUGCAUGACCCCAACUUCAACCCGGCUACCCUCUGGGAUCCAGGAGGAGGAUCUCCAUGUCAAUGUCAAAGGCUCUGACCCCAGUAUGCCAUUAGGCAUGGGCCUGAAGCUCCCAGUCCCUGAGAGAGGCAGAGGUCGCCCCCCAAAGAGGCCACGCCCAGAUGCAGGCCAGAACCCGCCCACCAUGCAGCUUCGGACUGAGACUAGGAGGGCAGCAGCAGCCCCCAGGAAGGAGACCAAGGAGGCCCCAACAGUGCGCAGCAUUGGGGACGUUGACAGGCCAGAGGAAGAAGAUCCUCCAUCACCAGAGAAGUCUGAGGAAUUCAGUUCCAUCCGCUCCCUGCUAGAGGAUGAGGAUGAGGAUGAGGAUGAGGAGCCACCCCAGAUCCUUCUGUAUCGUGAACCACGAUCAUUUGAAGUAGGAAUGCUAGUCUGGCUUAAAUACCAAAAAUACCCGUUCUGGCCAGCCGUGGUCAAGAGUGUGCGGCGGAGGGACAAGAAGGCCAGUGUGCUGUUCAUUGAGGGCAACAUGAACCCCAAAGGCCGAGGAAUCACCGUGUCGCUGAGGAGGUUGAAGCACUUUGACUGCUCAGAGAAGCACAUGCUGCUGGAUAGAGCCAAGGAGGACUUUGCCCAGGCCAUUGGCUGGUGCGUCUCUCUCAUCACAGACUACCGUGUGCGGCUGGGCUGCGGUUCCUUCGCUGGCUCUUUCCUGGAAUAUUAUGCUGCUGAUAUAAGUUACCCUGUGCGCAAGUCUAUCCAACAGGACCUGUUGGGGACCAGGUUCCCUCAGCUGGGCAAGGGCAACCCUGAGAAGCCCUUGGGGGACAGCCCGCUGGGGCAGUGGCGUCCCUGCAGGAAGGUUCUGCCUGACCGCUCCCGGGCUGCAAGGGACCGUGCCAACCAGAAGCUGGUGGAGUACAUUGUUAAGGCCAAGGGUGCUGAGAGUCACCUGCGGGCCAUCCUGCAUAGCCGCAAGCCAUCCCGCUGGCUCAAGACAUUCCUGAGCUCUGGCCAGUAUGUGACAUGUGUAGAGACCUAUCUGGAGGAUGAAGGACAGCUGGACGAGGUAGUGGAGUACCUACAGGGUGUCUGCCGUGACAUGGACGGUGAGGUGCCUGCACAGGGUAGUGGAGACCGAAUUCGUUUCAUCCUGGAUGUACUGCUGCCAGAGGCAAUCAUCUGUGCCAUUGCUGCAGUGGACGCUGUGGACUACAAGACUGCAGAGCAGAAGUACAUCCAAGGCCCGACCCUCAGCUACAGGGUGGUGGCCAUCACUCCAGGAUGUGACUGGACAUGUGACCCCGGCAAUUCCUUCACCACAGACUGUCUUUUAUUUCCUGAAGGGAAAAGGAAAUCUUUGACAACGAGCUCCUGGAAGAGAGGAGCCGGCGCCGACGGUGACAAGUAGGCCGUCAUGCAGUAUCCAUGUGGGGAACAGCACCCUGAGAGAAUGUUCUAGAAAGUGGGUGGCCCAGGGGAGUGCUGGCUUUGGCUCUGUGGGACCUGGGUCUUCAGUCCAUCCCAGAGGUUGGAUGUCCUCAUGCCAGAAGCUGCCUGGCAGCCAUGGGAGAGUUGCCUUCUGGGUUUUUUUUGUGUGUGUGUGUGUGUUUUGUUGUUUCUUUUUUUUAAUUUCUGAAAGGUUUUAAAAGAAAAAAUAAUAUUUGAAUGCACAUGUUGAUGGUCACCGUACAGUAACCCCUGUGUGCACUGGGGUUCCAUUUCCGCGCUGCCCUAGCCCUCCACAGAAGUUUCUGGAAAGACUGAUUUGAACACCGCUUUAAGAGCUUUAACAUUU